UGAAGUAAAUGAAGUGUAAGUAAAAGUUCCAAAUGAAGUUGAUCAUGGUUUCAGCAGUCUUCACUUGAAAUCUCUACUCCAAAAAAGAAUUAGCGUGACUGCAACUGUUGCUUCAAAACCCUAGGUUUUUUCUUCUUCUCCUUCUUCGUCGAUCUGAACUCGUCACAGAGGGGUAUUGGGUUUUGAACAUUUUGUGUAUUGAAAGUUCCGAUUUCUCCAGAUUUGCUGAAAAAGAAGCUCAAGAUGAGCUUAAUCAGGGCAAAAACAAAAAUACAAAUGGCUCAUAGGCAUUUUGUAUGGAAAUUUGGUGGUGGAAGAAGAAGAUCAGUAAUGUCAAGCAUUCCAGAAGAGAUACGCUAUGAAAUCCUCUCAAGAUUACCAGUGAAAUCGCUAUUAGCUUGUAAGUGUGUUUGCAAGAAUUGGUAUGCCCUAAUCUCAACCUCCGAUUUCGUUAAAACCCAUAUUGCAAUUCAGAAAAGUAACCCUAUUCUCAUGCUUGAAAAAGGUUGUGACCUUUACUCCAUAGGUUAUGAUUCAUUACCAUCAUCACCUGUGUGUGAAAUUAAAAAUGAUGUUAUUAAAGUGGAUCACCCACAUCAUUGUGUUGGAUUAUUAAGUUCAUGUAAUGGUCUCAUUUGCAUAUGGAUAUGGUUGCUUGUUGACGGUGGUUAUAAUAGGGAUGUAUUGUGUCUUUGGAACCCAGCCACAGGAGAAUAUAAAGAAUUACCUGAAUCACCAAUUGGAUUUACUAGAAACAAUGUUUGCGUACAUGGUUUGGGUUAUGAUCACAAGACUGAUGAUUACAAGUUGGCAAUAGGUGUAAAAGGUCCUGGAAGCAAGGAUACUACUCUAGUCCAAAUCUAUUCUUUAGCAUCAAAUUUAUGGGAAACUGAGAAAACCAUACCUUAUUGGUUUAGUGAUAUGCAUAUUUCUGGGGUACUUGUUGAUGGAAACCUUCAUUGGUUAGCCUUAGGACAUCACAACUUUUUAUUACUCUCUUUGGAUAUCAGUGAUGAGAAUUUCAAAGAAAUGCAACUACCAAGAGAAGUCCCGGAGAUGAAUAAGGAUAUGUGUCUAGGUGUGCUGCAAGGGUGUCUAUGUUUACUUGUCAAGACAGAUGUUAAUGGUGUUAAGAAUUAUUCUGAAGUAUGGGAGAUGCUGGAUUAUGGAGUUCGAGAAUCUUGGACUAAGCGUCAUGUCAUCACCCAUGAGAGUAUUAUCAAUGAACAGAAAUAUUUUAGGCUUGUGCGGUCUUUUAAGUACGACGAGAUUCUGCUCUUGAGUGAUGAUAUUCUAGUUUUGUAUGACCGAAAACAUGGAAGUGCUAGAGAACUAAAAAUCGGCAAUGUUCGAUUCAGGAACGCCGAGACUUAUUUUGAAAGCUUAGUUUCUUUGAACUCUGGUACUUACGUGGUGGAAGAAUAUAAGAGUAUGACUGAAGACACAUUAGCCCAAAUAAGUAACACAAAAAAAUGGUGUGAUCGUAUAUUUAAUUCCAUGUUUAUGAUAUAUGUAUUGGUAUAUAUCUAUGGAGUUCACUUUUAACCGAAUUAUAAGAGCUCAUGCUUGAUGUAGCUUUUGUUUAAUGUCUACUAAACACGUCCUCCUCUUUCUAUGUCAUCAUGUAUUACAAUGUGGAGAAUGUAAGACGUGGUACUGAUACCUUCAAAUUCCUGAGUUGGUCAGUGGGAAGUUGAUGUUACCACCUGUAUUUUAGAGAAAGAUCUACUUUGAAUAAAUCAGUUUAUUUA